CCUUGUGAGGCAGACAGGGCCAACUCUCAAAAAGACUGACAAAUCAUGUUUGCUUCAGGGAAGCAAAUUGUGAAGUGCAAGUAUGGCAACCAAUAAUCACUAUGUAACAAUGAGUAUAUGGCAACUCAAGACAAAACGAAAACGCACAUAUAAAUAAAUAAAUUUAUAAAGAUGGCGAAACUGCAUAAAUGCAGGCUAGAGCUCCGCAUAUGUAAUUGUGCCCUGAAUACUUUUUGAUGAAGAUCUGCGUUUUGAACUUAUAGAAACAAACGUGAGUUUACUAUUAUUCUUAUUCAAAUUAAUUAAAAGUGAUUAAUUAUCGUCUCAAAUAUGGACGCAAAUAACAUUACAGAAAUAAAAGAUGGCGACGAAACGCGACCUUCUUUGGUCGAUACGCCAUCUAUGGUGGAAAUUGAAAAACCUAAACUUGAAGGCAAUCUGAAAAAAAAGAGACGACGCGGGAAAUCUAAACGUAAAGUUUUAAAACCUUUCAUAAAAGCACCUUGGCAAGAUCGUCGUAAAAACGAUAAAUCAAAAAGAAAUAAUCGUUUUAGAAAAAUCGUUUUGGCUAAAACUCGUGCCCCUUUCAACAACAACCAAUUUUUAAUGGAAAUACAUAAACCAGAACCCGAAAAUUCAUUUCAAAUUUUAAAUACGCCUUCUGCACGUACCCGCGAUUCAAGUUUCAGUGUAGAUUCUGAAGAAAAUUAUUUUUUUUCUCUACCAGAAGAUGAAGAAGAAUAUCUGACAAAAGAGUUCUCAAGUGUGUAUGAGGAUGCUCAAAGUGAACGUUUGUCUAAUAUGUCAAAGAAUGAGUUAAUUCAAGAAUAUCUUUUACUGGAAGCUAAGUAUGAAACUUUUGUGAAAAGAACAGAACGUUCAAGACUGAAAAAUUCAGACAAUGAUCGAGAUAUGAUCGGAACUGACAAAGACACAUCAGCAACUGAUAAAGAUAGCAUGUUAACUGAGAGGGAUACUUCUGGUACUUCUAUUGUAUCUAGCAUAGCUGAGGAAGAAUCUCUUAAUGACCUGAUGCAAAGAUUGAAAGAGCAAGAGGAACAGAUACUACAGCUUAAAAAAACCAAUGAGAAGUUACAGAUGGAAAAUGAUCAGUUGCGGCAGAGGUCUCAUGCAUCAUCCAGUGAGGAUUCUGAAAGUGACAGCUCCUCCAGUUCUGACAGCUGUAGCACUUCCAGUCGCAGUAUAAGCCCCUUAGACCAGCUAACAGUUCAGCCGUUACAUGAAAUGUCUAAUGGGAAUCAAAAUCUUCAAGAAAAUGGAAUACAUUCUGAAGAACUAGAACCCGAAUAUCCCCUUGUCAAUGGAUUCCACAACCCAGACAAUUAAAUUUAGUGUUUUCAUAGACUUUGCAAUUAGUUUUAACCAGUAUUUAUGCAUAAUCAUAGCUUUUUCCCUUAGGAGGUAUACAGAGCCAACAGUCUUGAAAAGACUAAAAGCCUAUGUUCAGCAAUGCUUAUUCAUGUCUUUUUCCAGUGUUGGUAUUGUUAGUGGGUACAUUUAAGCUUAAUGCAUUUAGUUACUUGCCUACUUUAAAAAAAUGAUUCAGAUAAUAUAAUCCUGUAUUGUACAAAUUAUUUCACUGUGGGAAUGUAAUGGUGAGAUCUCAUUAUUAGGUUUAGUGAAAAAUUUCUGUGAUAUCCUUGUGGAUAUUUUAUUAUUAGAGAUUCCUUUGAAAUGUACAUAUUCCAAAUUGGAUCUCACUUUUAUAUUGAUACAGUGAGUUGUAUUAUUUAUAAGGAAAUGUGUAUGCAAGUUGUGAUUAAGUAUGAAUUUUAGUGAUUGGAUAUGAAUAUUUAAUUGUUAUUGUUGUUUUUUUUUAAGUAUAAUUAUCUAUAUUAGUUAAGAACUAAAUGGAAUGUGUCAAGUAGAAUAGGGCUUAUAUGUAAGUAUAUUACUACUGUAGAGCUGAAUCCCACAGUCUAAAGUUUUCUGGCCAAUACAUGAUUGCGUCUGAAGUCCUCUUAGUGCCAUUUUCGAAACUGGUGAGUAGACAAACUAGCUAUAUUAAAAAAAUACUGACAACAUACACUAAAAUUAUUCAAAUUUGAUACAGAAUCCCUUUAACGAAAGAAUAACAUGGAUUGUCAUGGAUCUCUUCUACAGUUAAAUAAACGAAAGAUAACCAACAAACCUGUUAUGAAAAGGGAAAAGAGGAAAUAUAAACAAGCUUCUAGUGAGAGAAACCCAAUCGAAAAUAAAUAAAUAUAAUUCUAUAUAGAGAUUGAAAGAGGCUUUCCUCUUGACCCUUUGGUCAUUCAAGUUACUUUGUUACUCUAAUAUUUAUUUUUCUCGUUCUCUAUAAAUAUUUAUUUUGGAACACGAAAAUAUAACCAUAUUUUCGUGUUCCCAAAUAAAUAUUUAUCCCAAGUCAUUGAUAUCGCGCAUUAUGAAUACUACCCAUGCAGAGAUCGACAGGCUUUAUGACGAUUUGCGAUACGCUCUACAUCUUUAUUACGAAGUUCAUGCGGUUGUUCAAGAAUUUGGAAGGACAUAUUUCACAUUAAACUAUGUAAGGCAUACUAUACAUCAGUUAUGCCUGAGAUCGCAGAUUACCAGAAAAGAUAGGGAGACAUAGGCCAAAGUAUAGAUUCAUGUAUAUAAGAGCCACAUUCAUGUGUUUGCCCACUUCACAGCCUGUAGGAUUCAGCUUUUUAGACAUAAUCUAACAGGGACUCCUAAUAGUUAGAACUAUUAAAAAUUAUGAAAAAACAAUUGUAAUCUAUCAAUUAAAUCCUUUUAUUGAUA